UUUAAAACGAAAGGAAAAUGAUUUCAAAACCCAAAAAAAACCCAUCUUCUGCCGCUCCCUUCUUCUUCUUCCUCAGGCGAAGCUAAAAAAAUCCCAGCUUUACCGACCCAGACGACGGUGAGACAAGCACGUCGUCGAAUGGGUUCCCGAAGGAGGCCGUGGUCUAUCUGGAGAGAGAGAGAGAGAGAAAUCAGUGUGAAAUAAGAGAAAGGAGGAGAAUCAGUGUUAAAUAAGAGAAAGGAGGAGAAUCAAGAAAAAAUAAAGAUCUCUAAUCUUAUUUGGCUGCGAAGGAGACUCAGAUCUAAUCACAGGGAAAUGCCAAAUUAAAGUUUUGCCCCCUCCGCUCUUUCAGGAAACAUCCUUUUCCAAUUUUCUUCGAUCUUCGAUAUGUUCGGAGUGAUACCAACUUCGGCAUGGGAUUAUGCUGCAAUGAUUUAAUCGCAAACUCUCUGGGUUGCUUUUAUAUGAUCUGGGUAAUGAUUUAUUAGCCAACUAUGAACGAUUUGAAACUGUGGAAGAGUUGACUACGUUCUUGGUAGGGAGGUUUUUGCAUGAUUUUAAUGGUUAUUGGUUGAAGUUGAAUAUAUAUAUAUAAGCUAUGGAACUGCCAAAGAAGAUGAGGAGAAGGGGCUUUUUGAAGAACUGGAUUGCUUUUGUAUGCGUAGUUGUGUCUGUUUGUUGCCUUUUUGUUGUCGUUUCAAUGCUUCGGCUUCCUGAAGUGCCAGUUGGGUUGUAUCGAUCAACAGAGAUGGGAGAAGUUUCCGAGAAAGACAAGUUUUUUGGGAGAUUUGGGGAGAUGAUGAUUGAGAUGUUGCCUCAAGAUCUUGCUUUUACUGUCUUUGUUCCUUCCCAGAGAGCUUUUGAGCGUGAUUUGAGGCUACGAGAGAAUGAUAGUCUGGUGGGGGAGAAGAUGAAUGAUACGUAUGCAGUAGUUUCUAGGAUUUUGGGUUUCUCGGCUGUUCCUCGGACGUUGUCAUCAGUUACGGUGCCGUUUGGUAGGGAAAUCUCAUAUGAUUCCAUCUCUGGGUUUACGUUGUACAUUUCGAAGGAUGUAGAUGGGGUGCUGGUCGUUAACAGAGUCCGAUCAGAAAGGGUGGAUCUUAGAAAGAGAGAGAUUGUUGUGCAUAUUAUGGAUGGAGUCAUCAUGGAUACUGAGUUCGAGCAAUCAAUUUGAGCUGAUUACAGUGAAGAAGAAAGAACGAGUGAAAACCAUCCAUCAAAGCUCUAUUUAAAUUGACAUCAUUUAGAACAAGACAUCAUUAUUAUGAUACCAAAACAUGUAUUUUGAGAUUAGAUUUUUGAGACAAAUAGUAAUUUAAUCAAGUUAAGAUUUAAUCAGAGACAUAUUUUGCA